AUGGUCGCCCCGCGCUCUUUCCUUUUCUUCGUUGCAGUGCGAGCGUUCGUGUGCGGGUCCGCUUUCUCCUGGCAAUCGCAGAAGGAGCUGGCGCGGGUGUGUCUGCCUGUCUGUCGUGUUGAUGUUGCCCGAUCGACAAACUUCCCCUGCUCUCCACUCCUCCUGAGAUUCACAGGAGUACUUCCCGACCAGAUACACGGAUAG